AUGUUUUACGGUGUCGGGAUCGUCUCGCUCAUCAACUUGCUCGCGUUCCUGUACGUGAUGAGGGAAAUGCAGUUUGGUAUGGCUUCGUCCAAGCGCGGCGCCGAAGCUGUCGUUGACGAAGCCGCCCUCGCCAAGCACGAGAGCCAUCUCGCUGACGGUGAAAAAGCUCGUUUGAGUUACGCUUGA